UGGCAAACGGGUGGAGAUCAGGACCCAAUAACAUCCUUGCUGUUAGCACACUGACCACACUGACCUACAACUCGCUUGAUCUCUCCCCUCUUCUACCUCAGUACCUAGUAAGAGAGAAAGCCUAGGCUGCUUAGGGUACAUGUCUGUCGUCUCUAUUUUCCCUUUUCCUCACGCCGUUACUCCACUGUUUCCCGCUCUACCUAAGUUAUGUACAUAUCAUAUAGGACGUGCACCAACACCAAAGGGCUUCAGAGGGGGCUCCAUUGCCCAGACGCCCAGAUAUCUUUUACUCUAGCGUCGAAACGUCCCGCUGCUACGACGCAAGAUUCAACAAGACAGAAGCGGGCGGUCAGUCGAUCCACCCAAGGAUCCACGGCGCAACACUUUUGCCCUGCCCUGGCCUCGUCGUCUUGCCUUGCCUUACCUUUGCCUUACCCGGCUCGCGCUGCUGCAUCAGUGCAUCUCUUCCACAUCCAAGCCGCGGAGAGGGACCCUUCUACGAACGUGCCAGAGGCCCAGAGGUGCCAAAUGAAUUGUAUCGUGGUAUGUGCAAAACCCCCUUGCUCCUACCCACACACCAUUAGCACUCGGUGCUCUCACUCGACGAAAGAUUCGUCAUACUUUGGAACAAUAUGCGAUAGGAUCACCUGUAUUGCGUCCUCUCUUUUUCUUCUUCUUCGAUAUCGAACAUCGCCCGCGGAGAAGGCAUUCCCAAUUUUAUCCUCACACGAGUCACGCACGUCGCAAGAUGUUACCAUGACUUACUCGGAAUUUGUUAACUCGGAACUUGCGUUACAUUCGAAGGACGUAUAUAUUCCUCUAGAUAUAAUUCGGAUGCCCAGUGGUGUCCUUAUUGAACCAUCGAGCUGCGAAAUAUUCGGCCGUGCCGUGCCGUGCCGUUGGAUUUAAUCCUUGAGGGUUUAGAUACGCUUGUAUGUACCAUGUAUGUGCGUUGCAAGCUUUAGUACGUUACGGCAGCUGUACGAGCUUAACGCCCUUCUCCUCUUCUCUUAUAGCGUAGGUCCCACGGGUAUCGCCAGCAAAGUGCUUACCGCCUAUCUACUGUAUUCCCACCCGUUUGGAUGUUGGGUUACACCGGUAAGGCCGAGCGAACUAGUCUCCUAUGUUAUAUGAACUGUCCAACAGCAGCAGUAAGACCGAUCCCAAUUGCGGCAAUUCGUUUACUCCAAGUUUCCAACGAAGCCUUACACCAAUAGGCCGGUUCGCUGCCCUCUAGUGCCUUUACCAUUUCUCUCUUCUCCCAUUACCUACCUAGCAUCCUAAGUUGAAAGGGAUGAGUGCGAACGCCAUCGUCUCAUGGCCAACUUUACCUGACACUGGCUAAAUUGAGGUAAAACUUGACAACACACCCC